AUGGAUCUGAUCAUCAUGAACGCACAGAAGAUUGAUACACCACGAGGAGGAGUGAGGCGCAGGAAGCGGAAUGAGCAGAUGAACCGGGCGAUAUCAACACCUUCAGCUGCCCACAGGAGCAGGCACACAGCAGAGGAGGACAAGGUUGCGGCAUGGACAGCGCAUGCGCAUCAGUUAUGGACGAGAUCGAAGGCUGCUCACAAGCACAGAGACGCAUCUCUGAACAACAUGCGAGGAGAACUGGGCAAGGAGGUGACGGAGGCGGAGGAGCAUCAGAGGAAGCUGGCGAGCCAAAGGAAGGAGGAAGCUGCUUUGCUCAUGGGCCAGCUAUCGCAAGUUCGGCAGAACGUGGAUAGUUUGCGGUCGAUGAUCCAGGCGCGAGGAAGAGGGCCCGAGUACAUCGAGAGGUUGCGGGGAACGAUGGACAGCAUUGAAAACGAGAUCUAUCUGGUGAGGAAUCAGGAGCAGGAGCAUUUGGAGUUCCUCACCAGCGAGGAGAAAACCCUCAAUGCCGAGUUGGCGGCGCUAGAGAGGUCGAUCCAGGAAUGGGCGACCUCGGACGGGGAUAACCGUGUAAGACCCUCCACAGCAGGAGCCUCUUUGUCCUCCAAGCAGGAAGCCAUGCCGGUGCAGAGCAAGAUAGGAAGGAUGCUGAGCCAACCCCUGCUCCCGCCCGAGGUCGUUGCUGUCGAUCGGAUCCUCAAGGAGGAAGGAGGGAGUACAGGAGGCUGGGACGACGCGGAUCACGAGAGAUUCUUGCGGUACCGGACUCAGUUCAAAGGCCAGCCGCACAUCUACUGCGCUAAGACGGCAGAUGACCUCCCCGACCAUGACCUUGCAUCUGUCGAGAGGCACGAGCUGUGGUACACAAGGUACCUGACGCUGCUAGAGAAGAAGCGUGAGGCCAUCAGGUCAUGGAGGACGAACAGGCAGCACGAGCAGGAAGAGCAGCGCACCAACACAACCGUGACCAAGGAGGAGGCGCCUUCUCGCCGUCCCCAGUCGGCCAAGAGCUCAAGCAGGGAUGCUGAUGUGUCGAGAGAGGAAGUGAAGGAGAAGUUACAGAAGUGGAAGGAGAGCAAGGAGAACGAGAGGCUGCAGAAGCAGGAGGAGGAGGCCAAGGCAGAGAGGGAGCGGGCAGAACGGGAGAAGUUGAGGAAGGAAAAGGAACGGCUGGAGAAGGUGAUGAGAGUGGAGAACUACAAAAAGAGCAAGAAGGCGGAGGAAGAGGCGAAGAAGAGAGAGGAAGAGUUUCAGCAAGAGCAGAACAAGUCCAAGAUUUCUGCCGAGCAGCUGGAGCGGAUCAGAGUCAGGAACAAGAAGCAAACAGAAGAGCAUAUCAACCUGAUCCGCAGGAAGGAGGAGCAAGAGCGGAUCAAGACGCAGAGGAUGGAAGCUCUUCUUGAGCACGUCGAUGCCCCCAAGAUUGAUCGAGAUCCCAACAGGCUCGUCGCUCCCACCACUGCCAGCAUGGCGAAGUCGGAGCUGGAGUCACCGGACGAGAAGAACACACGAGGAUACUACUCCAUCAUGAGACCCAACACAGUCAUGCACGUUGCUGCUCGGGCGACCCCGACAUGGCGGUCGGGGAUGUGA